CCCGCAGGUUGACGAAGACAUCGCCAAAAUCGGCUGCCCCAGUGGUGUGCAAGUGGUCGAUGGCGUCCCUGUGGCCACGCCUGACAACGAGGAGGAGACACUGACCGCCCGACUCGAUAUGGCCGAUUACAAAUUUUCGUUCCACGAGAAGGCCAGAGAGUAUAAUCCCGCCUGGAUGUCACCCGAAGCACUUCAAAAGAAACCUGGCGAUAUCAAUUUGCAAGCGUCUGAUAUGUGGAGUUUUGGUGUAAUUCUCUGGGAACUGAUGACUCGUCUCGAACCCUUUGAGGGUGUUGAACCGAUGGUUGUUGGUAUGCAGGUACGUCGCCUUACGACCCGAUACCCCUUUCUUCUCUGUCGUGUCAUUGGUCGCCCCUGA